CAUGGGUAUCACGAUUACACUCCCAUAAAUCCCGCCAUUGUUAAUGAUUAAGACCUUCGCUGUGCUGCACACUGAUUGCCGAUCUUUUUAUGGAAGCUUUUUUUUUUUAAUACGAAAGGAAAGUCCGUGUGCCUUUCACUUGCUGCAAAAUGGCAUUCGCUUAUUUAUACAAGAGCCUCGGUUUCAUGAUUUCUGGCUCGGAGGAAUUUCUCUAUGGCGAUAAUUUGGAGUGAUCAGCUAAUUAGGUGCUCAUCACUCUUUUCCAUUUCUGUAAAACCCUAAAUUUUGAUUUUACCUCCCUUCAAGUUUUAACAGCCGCAGCUCUCUAUUCCGCGAUUUCUGCAACAAACUUCGCUCUGAAAACUCGUCAAACUUUUUAAGGAAAUGUUCGCCUUCCUUCUUUUUAUUAUUCUUUAAUUUAUAAAUUUAUUUCCCUUCCCUCUUGGGCUGGUUAUCGAGAAAAACAUGCAUCAUUUUGUGGGGUGGGGUGAAAUUUCAGGAAAAAAGCGACAAAUGGAAGCUUGAAGAUGACGGUAAUGAUAUUAAGGAAAAAGGAGGAAGAAAAAAUUGGGGUCAGAUCAGAAUCAGAAAGCUGACGUGCAGUGAAAAGAGAGACUCAUAGGGCAGGUGUCGAAGUAGUAAACGCCACUGGGAAAAAAAAAUCAUAUUUAGAAAAGUAUUACAUAUGUUCUGUUUCUUUUGGAUGCAUCUUGCCUUUGCUCCAGCAAAUAAUGUUUUUGCUGUCAUGUGAAUGAAAACUGAGCAUUUCAUGGCUGUCUCUGCUGCUGAUGGUCCCUGAAUUUCCCGUCAGCCUCACUGUUUCUUCCCAAGAAAAGGUUCUUAUAUAGUUGGCUUUGAGGUUUCCUUGUCGAUUUUGAAGAAACAAAAUGAGUGGUGCUGUUCUCGUGGCUGUUGCUGCUGCUGUUGGUAACUUGUUGCAAGGAUGGGAUAAUGCUACAAUUGCAGGGGCUGUCUUGUACAUUAAAAAGGAAUUCAAUAUGGAAAGUGACCCCACUGUUGAAGGGCUGAUUGUGGCCAUGUCCCUUAUUGGAGCCACUGUGAUCACCACAUGCUCUGGGGCAGUAUCGGAUUGGCUCGGCCGCCGGUUGCUGCUAAUAAUAUCAUCUGUUCUUUACUUCAUCAGUGGCAUUAUAAUGCUGUGGUCUCCCAAUGUAUAUAUCCUUCUCUUAGGCAGGCUUUUGGAUGGUUUUGGAAUAGGUUUGGCAGUUACAUUGGUUCCAGUUUACAUAUCUGAGACCGCCCCCCCUGAAAUUAGAGGAUCAUUAAACACUCUUCCUCAGUUUACUGGUUCAGCAGGAAUGUUCUUCUCAUACUGUAUGGUUUUUGGGAUGUCUUUAAUGGAAUCCCCAAGCUGGAGAUUGAUGCUUGGGGUUCUCUUUAUUCCUUCUCUUAUAUAUUUAGCAUUGACAAUAUUUUUCUUGCCCGAGUCACCUCGGUGGCUCGUCAGUAAAGGCCGGAUGCUCGAGGCGAAGCGGGUUCUGCAGAGGCUCCGAGGCAGAGAGGAUGUGUCUGGUGAGCUGGCUUUACUUGUUGAGGGUCUUGGAGUUGGGGGUGAAACCUCUCUUGAGGAAUACAUAAUUGGUCCAGCAGAUGAACUUGCCGACCAAGAUCUCUUGACCGAAAAAAACGAAAUCAAAUUAUAUGGACCUGAACAAGGACUCUCUUGGGUUGCUAGGCCAGUUACAGGACAGAGUUCUCUUGGCCUAGCAUCUAGGCGUGGAAGCAUUAUAAAUCAGAGCGGAUUUGUUGAUCCUCUUGUUACUCUCUUCGGCAGUGUUCAUGAGAAGCUUCCCGAUACAGGAAGCAUGCGCAGUACGCUCUUUCCACACUUUGGCAGCAUGUUCAGUGUUGGAGGCCAUCCACCGAGAAAUGAAGAGUGGGAUGAAGAGAGCCUUGCUAGAGAGGGUGAGGACUAUCAAUCAGAUGCUGGUGGUGGUGAUUCUGAUGAUAACUUACAGAGUCCGCUGAUCUCACGACAGACGACGAGCAUGGAAAAAGACAUGAUUGCACCUGCUCAUGGCAGUCUUUCAAGCAUGAGACAGGGAAGUCUUGCUGGAGAACCUGUUGGAAGUAUGGGGAUUGGUGGUGGUUGGCAACUUGCCUGGAAAUGGUCCGAGAGAGAAGGCCCAGAUGGAAGGAAGGAAGGAGGUUUCAAAAGAGUUUAUUUGCACCAAGAGGGCAUUUCUGGACCUCAGCGUGGAUCCAUAGUCUCUUUUCCCGGUGGCGAUGCCCCGACUGAUGGCGGUCUCGUUCAGGCUGCUGCUUUGGUGAGUCAACCGGCGCUUUACCCCAAGGAGCUUAUGCAUCAGGAGCAUCCAGUAGGACCAGCUAUGGUCCAUCCGACCGAAACCGUUACAAAAGGUCCGAGUUGGAGGGACCUUUGCGAACCUGGAGUCAAACACGCGCUGCUCGUUGGAGUAGGAAUUCAAAUACUUCAGCAGUUCUCUGGCAUAAAUGGAGUUCUGUAUUACACUCCACAAAUUCUUGAGAAAGCAGGCGUUGGAGUUCUUCUCUCAAACUUGGGGAUUGGUUCUUCCUCUGCAUCUUUUCUGAUCAGCACGCUAACGACAUUGUUGAUGCUCCCUUCAAUCGCGGUGGCCAUGAGACUAAUGGACCUCUCGGGCCGUAGGACUUUACUACUAUGCACCCUCCCUGCCUUGAUAGCAUCUCUCAUCAUCCUAGUCAUCGGCAACGUAGUCCACAUGGGCAGCGUAGUGAACGCGUCGAUCUCAACGGUUAGCGUAGUUGUUUACUUCUGUUUCUUCGUGAUGGGGUUCGGGCCAAUCCCGAACAUACUAUGUGCAGAAAUCUUCCCGACUCGAGUUCGUGGCCUCUGCAUUGCUAUCUGUGCACUGACGUUUUGGAUCGGCGAUAUCAUCGUCACAUACACGCUGCCCGUGUUGCUCAACUCGGUCGGGCUUGCAGGUGUUUUCGGGAUGUAUGCAGUUGUUUGCAUCAUUUCAUGGGUGUUUGUGUUUCUGAAAGUUCCUGAAACCAAGGGCAUGCCACUUGAAGUCAUCACUGAAUUCUUCUCUGUUGGUGCCAAACAGGCUGCAGCUUCCAAAAACAGUUGAAAUUCAUCAUACACACACAAACACACAUAGAUUCAAAAUUUUGACUGUUUGAUAUUUUUCGUUGGUUUUCUAUUUUGAUCUUUGAAUGGUCAAACUCGGUUACUGUAAA